AUCUCAAAGGCACUAGAGGAUAUAAAAAGGUGCUACACUAGUGAAUUAAAAACUACAUUUUUUUUUACAGGGUAACAAUGAGGGUCCCUGUGUUUGAGGAUUUGAAAAAUGAAGCUGAAGAGGAAAAAACAGAGGAAGAAGAAACUGAAGAAGAAAAGGUAUUCUAUAAGCCUGUUAUUGAAGACCUAAGCAUGGAAUUGGCCAGAAAAUGCACAGAACUCAUUAGUGAUAUCCAUUAUAAAGAAGAAUAUAAAAAAUCGAAGGACAAGUGUACAUUUGUGACAGAUACUCCUAUGCUAAAUCAUGUAAAAAAUAUUGGUGCAUUUAUUUCUGAGGCCAAAUACAAAGGCACCAUUAAGGCAGACCUUUCCAACUCUCUUUAUAAGCAGAUGCCAGCCACUAUUGACAGUGUCUUUGCAAGAGAAGUUACACAGCUUCAGAGUGAGGUUGCCUACAAGCAGAAACAUGAUGCAACCAAGGGAUUUUCAGAUUAUGCCCACAUGAAGGAGCCACCUGAAGUCAAGCAUGCCAUGGAGGUCAAUAAACACCAGAGUAAUAUUUCUUACCGAAAAGAUGUGCGGGACACCCACGUUUAUAGCGCGGAACUUGACAGACCAGAUAUCAAGAUGGCAACCCACAUAUCCAAGAUCAUAAGCAAUGCAGAAUACAAGAAAGGACAAGGAGAAAUGAAUAAAGAGCCUGCUGUAAUUGGAAGACCAGAUUUUGAACAUGCUGUGGAAGCUUCUAAACUUUCCAGUCAAAUUAAAUACAAAGAAAAAUUUGAUAAUGAAAUGAAGGAUAAGAAACAUCGUUACAACCCCCUUGAAAGUGCUUCUUUUAAGCAAAGUCAGCUUGCUACCAUACUAGCCAGUAAUGUGAAGUACAAGAAAGACAUUCAAAAUGUGCACGAUCCAGUUUCAGAUCUCCCCAAUUUGUUGUUUUUAGACCAUGCUUUGAAAGCCAGCAAAAUGCUGAGUGGUCGAGAAUAUAAAAAGCUUUUCGAGGAAAAUAAAGCACUGUAUCAUUUUGACAUGGAUGCUGCGGAACAUCUGCACCAUAAAGGCAACGCCAUGCUCCAGAGCCAGGUUAAAUACAAAGAAGAAUAUGAGAAAAGUAAGGGAAAAUCGAUGCUUGAAUUUGUGGAGACACCAUCAUAUCAAGCUUCACGGGAGGCUCAAAAGAUGCAAAGUGAGAAAGUAUAUAGAGAGAAUUUUGAGAAGGAAAUUAAAGGAAGGUCAUCACUGGAUUUAGACAAGACGCCAGAAUUUUUACAUGUAAAGUACAUCACCAACCUUCUGAAGGAGAAAGAAUAUAAGAAAGAUCUGGAAAAUGAAAUAAAGGGGAAAGGAAUGGAACUCAGUUCAGAAGUUCUUGAUAUACAAAGAGCAAAACGAGCCUGUGAAAUGGCUAGUGAGAAAGAAUACAAGAAGGACCUGGAGUUAAUGAUUAAAGGGAAGGGUAUGCAAGUUGGCACUGACACCCUUGAAAUACAGCGGGCCAUAAAAGCUUCAGAGAUAGCUUGUGAGAAAGGCUAUAAAAGGGAUCUGGAGAAUGAAAUUAAAGGGAAAGGCAUGCAGGUGGGCACAGACACUCCUGAUAUCCAGAGAGCUAAGAAAGCAUCCGAAAUGGUCAGCCAGAAAGAAUAUAAAAAAGACUUAGAAAAUGAAAUUAAAGGGAAAGGGAUGCAAAUAAGCAUGGAUAUUCCUGAUAUGCUUCGGGCCAAGAGAGCAUCUGAAAUCUAUAGCCAGAAAAAAUAUAAAGAUAAAGCAGAGAAGAUGCUUUCUAAUUAUUCUACAAUGGCAGAUACUCCUGAAAUACAGAGAAUUAAGGCAACUCAACAAAACAUUAGCACUGUAUUUUAUAAAAAAGAAGUAGGAGCUGGCACAGCAGUAAAAGAGACCCCAGAGAUUGAACGAGUAAAGAAAAAUCAACAGAAUAUUAGUUCAGUGAAAUACAAAGAAGAGAUUAAACAUGCCACAGCCAUUUCUGAUCCUCCAGAGCUAAAGAGAGUUAAAGAAAACCAAAAGAACAUCAGCAAUUUCCAGUAUAAAGAGCAGCAUUAUAAGGCAACCCCAGUAAGCAUGACACCAGAGAUAGAGAGGGUGCGGAAGAACCAGGAGCAGCUGAGUGCGGUAAAAUACAAAGGUGAGAUCAAACAGGCAACAGCCAUUUCUGACCCACCAGAGCUGAAGAGAGUUAAAGAAAACCAGAAGAAUAUCAGCAAUGUUUAUUAUAAAGGUCAGCUGGGCAGAGCUACUGCUUUAAGUGUAACUCCUGAGAUGGAAAGAGUAAAGAAGAAUCAAGAAAAUAUUAGUUCGGUAAAAUACACCCAGGACCAUAAACACACAAAAGGUAGACCAAGUCUGAUUUUGGAUACACCUGGUCUGAGGCACGUUAGAGAAGCACAAAACCGUAUUUCAAUGGUAAAGUAUCAUGAGGAUUUUGAAAAGACAAAGGGAAGGGGCUUUACUCCUGUUGUGGAUGACCCUGUGACUGAACGUGUGCGGAAGAACACCCAGGUUGUCAGCGAUGCUGCCUACAAGGGCGUCCACCCUCACAUCGUGGAGAUGGAUAGGAGACCUGGCAUCAUAGUCGACCUCAAAGUUUGGCGCACAGAUCCUGGCUCCAUCUUCGACCUUGAUCCCCUGGAAGAUAAUAUUCAGUCUAGAAGUCUACAUAUGCUCUCUGAAAAGGCGAAUCAGUAUAGGCGACACCGGUCUCGCUCUCAUUCCAGCAGUACUUUUGGAACAGGUGUGGGAGAUGACAAGUCAGAAAUAUCAGAGAUUUACCCUAGCUUUUCAUGCUGCAGUGAGGUAACAAGACCGUCUGAUGAAGGAGCCCCUGUUCUUCCUGGAGCCUACCAACAAAGCCAUUCCCAAGGCUAUGGGUACAUGCACCAGACUAGUGUGUCGUCCAUGAGAUCAAUGCAGCAUACACCAAAUCUAAGGACAUACCGAGCCAUGUACGAUUACAGUGCCCAGGAUGAAGAUGAGGUCUCCUUCAGGGAUGGUGACUACAUUGUCAACGUGCAGCCCAUCGACGACGGCUGGAUGUAUGGCACGGUGCAGAGAACUGGGAAAACGGGGAUGCUCCCAGCAAAUUACAUUGAGUUUGUUAAUUAGUUGUUUCUCCUUGCCCUUUGAGCUUUAUUCUAAUGUAAUCUAAACCUAAUCUUUUUCAAAGAUAGAAGACACUUUCAAGACAAUUUGGUUGUUAUUUUACAAUGAUCUGUCCUUACUUUGACAAUUACACACACAGGUACCAGGAAGAAGGAAGAGUUCUGGGCUGAAAACAGCAGCAUUUUCAGUAAUUCCUACAAACACAGUAAUUACAUCUGGAGACCUGGUGCUGCUAAUUGUGUCAAUGGUUUCCUUUGAUUGGCUAUUGAACCCUUCUGGGAAAUGUAUUUUUGUAGACUUUAAUAGAGAUGUUGAUUAUCCCUUAAAUGUAACAAGUAUAUGAAAUGUGUUAGCUGUCACCUUGGAAUCAACAGAAGCCAACUCCCUUAAUUCAGUAACGCAGCAAAUAUUUAAAAAACUGUUUAGCUUUUUAGUCAUUAGACAAUUUCCUGAUGUAAGUGGAAAUUGCCUAAUAUAAUAAAUAUAAGCAGUGGCAGAAUGGUUAAAAUUAUAUUGUCUGGUGGCCUUAGGGACCUAGUAACUUCUGCUCAACAAAGAAAUUUCCUUAUUCCCUAGAUCUGCAAGGGCCUAUUUAUUUCUCAUUUGUACCUAGUUACAUUCUACUCUCCAUUUACAUUCUAUGGAUCCAAGAAUAUGCUUGAGUCCACAGAAUGUCAGGACCAAAUAAUUUCACAGCUACUCUGCACAGGGCAAAUUUUAAUGUCAUCUAUAUAAUUUCCCUAAUAGCCUUUACCCUGUUGCAUGUCAUGUAGAUUCAAGCUUCUGUAUCAUAGGCUGCACUGCCCAUCCCUGUUAUUAAAGUAAAAAAAAAAAAAAAAGAAGUGUAGCUGAUGCCUAGAAGUCCUUUCCUCUAGUUGCCAGCUCAUCAGAAAAAAAGAAGAAAAAAAAAAUAUUUUGAAAAGUCGCUUGAGAUUCUCCUGCAUUGCACUCUAGGUUUGAAGGAUUUAUACCUUAGGAAAUAGAUGUCUGCUCUACUAAAUAAGUAAUUUAGAUGUUUAUUAGGCAGCUUUCAUUAACUUACCACCAUUGUUUAUUUAAAAGUAAACAGCACUUAACAAGAGCCAGGGAAGAAAUGGAAUAUGAGGUAUGCUGGAAAAGCCCAGCAAACAAGGAGUUAAAACUCCACAUACAGGAAUGUAAUCUGGUUUCUUAUUUUGGAAAAUGGCAUUCUGAUUUUGGAAUGGAAAUCUAGCCACUGAAACUGGUUAAUGAAGACUUCCUUUCCCCUUUCCGGUUUUUAUUUUAUAAAUCAGAUUCAGAGAAUGAGAAAUGUCAUCAGAGAUUUUCAGUAUAGGUCCAACAGGUUGCUCACUAGGAAAGAAAUCAUUGUCAAGUUCUCAAUUUUUUAAAUGACCUUGCAGGCUAUUGCU